CAGUAAUGCAGAGCCAUGCAGCAUUUUAUCCAGCGCGCAUGGACCGCGGAGUCAUCUUCGUAAAUGUCUGUCACCGUCUACUCCAUAGCUGUUUGAAAAUAUGUUGCUGAAAAGAAUCGCAUUCAUCGCAGUUCAUUUCGUCCCACGGCACCUUGUUAAGUUCGUCACGGGACGAGUCGGAGGCGGCGCGAAAAAGAGUUCCAGUUCACGAGAAACUCCUGAUUCCUCAGUUGGGCCGCAGGCCGAGCUGGAAGACGAUACACAAGAAGACUUACAGAAUCAAGACCCCGCACCACCUGAUCCACCUGAUGACCCUGCGCUCUCGUGGCUGUCGUUUGUUGCGUCAAUUGAUUCCAGUGCGGACCUCGACCCUCCAGUAGACAAGGAAGACCCCCAUGGUGCGCAAGACCCGCUCGUAAAACAUGACCACGACCGCGUAGAUCCGCACGUUGAAGUACUGGAUGAGAGACCCCCUAGGCUUCGUGGGACCUCCAAAAUCCGAAGGCGUGACGUGGAGGUGCCACAAGAAAAGGUGGAUCUCAUUUCAAAUAGAACAUCGACGUUCCUCGAACAGCGCGAAGACGACGCCGACACAAAUUUUGCCGCCGAUGUUCAUCUUGAGCCACCGUCAAGCGAUGCAACUAAUGCAACUUUAGCUGCCGCGAGAAAGACAAAGAAAAGAGACCAUAGCAGCCCUGCCGCUGGUGCUACUACAAGUGCUAGUCCAGAGCAAGGAGACGCCGAGGAUGAGGACUACAAAAAUAUUAUUGAUAACGCAGAGGAUGAGGACAUCUCGACUUUUCUGCACAUCAACACGAAUACCGGCACUUCGAAAUCGAGGCUCGGCGGUUUUUUCAACAGCAUCGCCAGCGCUUUCCGCACGAAAGCGGGACUACGCGCCGAACUCGAUGCCGAAAUGGAGGAGGGUCGGAGGCGCAUUGCGGCACUGCAGUCUCUCAGCAACGACACUCUGCAGACGCACGCGCAGCUGCUGCUGGCUGCCCACGCGGAGGACAGCGCGGCAGAUAAGGAUGGCAUGAGCGCACAGUUGUCUUCCGCCAGCAAGAUGCUUCCGGAGCUGCUGCCGCCACUGCUCGCGAUGAGCAGACUGACGGAGGCGCUCAAAGAGCAAAACCAAGGGCAGGGGACAAAUCAGUUGAGCAGAGAUGAAAAUGAACACGACGGCGCAUCUUCUCCGUCUUCUAAAAAAGAUGUUGGAACCCCCACCACCACAUCAGCUGCCCCAGGUGACGAAAAUAAGGAAGCGGCAACUGCAACAAAGCAGAACGAGGCGGUCGUUGCGGACGGAGGUGGGACAAGAAGGGAGGCGGUCGGCGAUGGCGGAAAGAACGACGGGGACGCCCUCCACCGGGACGGGGAUCCUGCAGUUGAUGAACCCGAAACUCAAGCUGCGAUUGCGAAACAGGACGCCGUGGAAGACCGGCAGAUGGAAGAGAUGCAAGAGAAGUGGAGGAGCGGGCAACUGGGGAAGAGCGAGCUGCAGAAGCUCGCUGACCAAGAGGGCUUUCUGCUGGAGCUCGCACGCAAAGUGUUGCAGGACUACGCCGCAGCUUUGGACGCGAUCGACGCCACUCUUCGCGGAGCAGAGGAAAGCGCUACUGCUACAAAAACUUCGGGUCCUGAAGGUGCUCUCGAUGAGUCUAGCUCCGCGACCCAAGAGCAGCUGUCCUCCUCUUCAUCAUCUACGCCCGCAGCAUCAACGGUCCCCCGAAGUGGUGGCGACCCGGACAAGUCGGUGGUGCGACAUUGGAUGAGGGGCAUGAAGAUGAUGAACGACGGGCUUCAGCGCCUGUGGGAGGCCGGAUCCGAGGACUCCGCGUUGGUAGAGCCUGGCGACAAAAGUGUGAUGGAAAGGAAGAUAAACGGGUUUGCCCUCUGCCUCAAGGCCGAACUGCUGCUUGGCACGCCCGGUCUGCGACUUCCCGGCCGAACCGAGGACAAAAAAAACGCACCCCCGCCGGGGAUGUUAGAUUUUUCUGUUCUCGGAAACGGCCUACUGAACACGUUGGUCGCCGACAUUGAACGCGCGCGCAAGAGCCAACAGGACGAUUCCUGCACGGCCGAUGGGCGUCCGAGAACGAGCGUGGUAGUUCCCGGGUUUCUGGAGCUGCUUGGACUGUCCUUCUCCGACGAACAGGACCCGUUCGUCGUAACAUCGAUAACGCCCAAAUCGGUCGCCGCCGAGAGCGGGGUGCGGACGGGCGACCGUCUCGUGGCUCUGCUGCGUCCGGGCGUGCAGAACCCGGAUGAGAAAACGAUAGUUGUGAACGGCAGCAGUGGGGAGGUGGAAGAAGAUGAAGUUCCGAUCGACCAGGUGCUGGAAAGAAUUCCGUGGGUCGCAAACAACCCGGACAAUGUUUUGUCCUCCACGUCGGUCGUCUCUACUUCAUCUGUGGGGGGCGCGCCAGAGCAAGUUUUGGAAAGAACAUCGAGUAGCUUUUUUCAGGAAGACGAAGCAGGAGGUACUGGCGGUGUAGAAAGAAAUCCGGAUGGAGAUGAUAGUACAACAACUGCGGCUCAGGCAACGGCGGUCGAAGAGUCCUCGAACCCCAUAUCCUCGCCCGCCACCAAGAACAAGCGCAGGCGUAGAAGGACGAAAAGAAAAACUUUCACAACCGCACAUCUUUCGGCGUUCCUGCGGGGUGUUGCAGACAAAGGGCCAGCAGCACCUCCUUCUUCUUUUCUUGACGAUGGUGUCGAAACGACCACCAGCAGCAAGGACCUGCUUGCUUCGACGGAAUUCCGCAAGUCUGCUCUCGAGAAGAUUUUCAACGAGUUUCUGCUGCCGCGAAACUACGACCUCGUCUUCAAGUCGGAAAAGACAGCAGCACAAAUUGCGUCGGCACGCCGCCUGCGUCUCGACCGCCUUCCCUCGCGCCUGGCCGCCACUGCCGCUGGCAAACUAAUCGUCGACCCGGUCACGAAACAGGUGAUAUCAAAAACAGGCCAGACCACCGGCACCAACUCCGACAACGGAGGGGCUUCAUCUUUCGUUGGAAACGAAAUUCCGCUGGGCUCGACAUUGGAAAGGGUUACACCAACCGCAGAUCCCGAGGAUGUGGCGGCAGAUCUGAGCGACGUUCUUGACCUCUUUCCGAAGAGUACUUCUAAGGCCCCUUCUGCGACGGCGACAUCGCUUAGGCUGGAAGAAGACUUAACAGAUGAAGGUUCAGAACAUCAAGAAGGAGGUGGUAAUGAAGUAGCCCGCAUUUUGCGGAGCUCCCGGCUGCCUGUGAUUCUAGAUUUUGUUGAGCCGGCCGGAGUUGUUGGGGCAACAGGAACAGACGAAUCCGCACCCGGAGCAGCACAUCAUGAGAGGGACGCAACUGAUCUACCGGCAAGUAGAAGCGCCGCCUCUGACGAAGCAGAAAAAGAUAACAGAAACGGGGCGUCUUCUGGAACACCACCUAAAAGUGCGUGGUCAAUAUCAAGUUCAACGUCGUCGUUGUGGUCUCGUCUGACCGGCGCAGGGACACCUGGGGAACAGAAAGACAGCAGUAGUCCACCUCCUAGUGACUCCACGACCAGUGACCCGGCGGCGGAGACGCCGGAGGAAAGAGCGAAGCGCCUGACCAGCGAAGCCGAAAUAAAGCGAAUUCGUGACCAGCUCGCCUGUAUCUGCGGGCCAAACGGCGAGAAGGGAAGUGGAAGUGCCACUGUGGCAAUGAUGAGACGGGCAAUGAAUGUCUUCAUGGAAAGAAUGGACCGAACGCUGGAAGGAGCGAAUGACACGCAGGAAGGUGACGCGACUGAACAUGAACCCGAAGUAGAGGCUGGAGCACACGACAAGGACGAACAAAGAGCGAAGGAAUCUGCAAGUGGUGAUUUCUUGGGCGAAAAGAAUAUAGAGAGAACCGGAACUACUGGUACUGCCGCAAGGAGAGCAGCUGCACCAGACCACACUGCCUCGCGGGAGGACAACAAAGAGAGCGAGCCGUUCGCUCCGGAAGGAGGCGCACCAACGACCCGUGAGGACAAGAAAGAACCGCAGGACAGUGUCCCGCAGCAGAACGGUAUGAACAGUGCGGAACAGGAAGAGGAACAAGAGUCCGCGUCGUCCUUGCAGCAAACUCCGGGACCACACGAAGAUGAUCCUCAGAAGACUCACGAAAAGGAAAAUGGCAAUCAUGCAGACAGUGCCGAAGAGAUGCGACAGGCCUUUGCGGCGACAUUGUCCCAGUUUUUGGUUCGCACCAUGUCCGGCUUGCCGUUGGCGUCACCAGCAAAAGGCACUACUUCAACUUCUUUCGCGGACGAGGAGGAAACUGAGGAGGUAUCCUGCAGAAAAGUAGUACACCCAGACCAGAAGAAGAGUCGUCGAGCUUCUGCCUUUUAUUUGCCUGCUCAAUCUCACAUAAAAUUGUCUCCUUUGCAGUCAUACGAAAACCUUUUUUUUUCUGGUAUGGGUGUACUUUUGUGGCGGAUAGAAGGCUGUCGAAGAGCAAGUGGAAAUGAUACAGCAAGCCGCCGUAUUCUGAGUAAGAACGUCCGCACCCCAAAGUCUUAUUCAAGAUGGAGAUUCUGCAAGACAGGUCCGGAACAUUUAGGAUUCGUCCUCACGCAUCAGAAGUUUCUUUGGCUGCGCAGUGUAGUAAGUCGUACCUAGUAGCUACUUCUGCAUAUGGAAGUCGACCAAUCCACUCUCUGACGCAUGCGAGAUUGAUGUCAAGAACACACAGCCGCUCCCAUGUGUAGUUUUUCGUAGCCUGAGCUCAUUGCCUUUUCCUCUCUGGUCGAAGCGUUCCUCGGACGGAGAUAGGCUUCGUGGGCCAGGCGUACGCGCCGCUUCGCAGAGCUGUGUUGCUGGUCUGCCAGCUGCUCGGAGCGUGUUGGGGCGUUCUUCUGUGCAGUGCCUUGUGCACCCCAUGGAUGCUGGACCCCGCACUCCCCGCCUCGGUAGGGCAGUCUGUCAAGCAUGUUGACAGGUGGUCGUCUCCAAAAACGACUAGGAAACUACACUUCCCAUCCGGAGCCGCGUCUAGUUCAGAGAUUUUCCAGGCAUACAUGUGACAACACGUCUCGGGAGGUCGUGAAGACGUUUUUACUCAGCAUACACCGACGGUAGCUUCUCCUCUUUCCUCGAGCGCCGAGCGUCAUCCCGGUCGUCAUCGAGAAAGCAACCCAAACUGAGGACUUUUGGAGACGUUGCGUUGAUGCGCAAGAUAUCCUGUGCAAAAGUAUCGUAUUCGUAGUAAUUGCAAUCAUGCAUUACAAAUACAAGUUUUAUUCCCAAGGUAAAUCCGCAUAAGAAAUUUUAUUUCUCAUGCGGAGGGAAUUUGUUUUGCAUUUUUUAUACGAGUACGAUACUUUUGCAAUUCAUUUUCAUACAAGAACAAACGCGACGCGAACGCCGCAAGGGCCAGGGCAGAUAUGCCGGAGGAGUUCGAUGAAAAUUUGGACUACACGAGUUGGAGUUUCUGGAAUGAACCUAAACGGUACAACGACGUGAGCACCAAGCUGCCCGAGUUCAGGAUGUUUCUUACCGAAGGGAAAGGGGACGAUGUCGGUUUGGAAGCACUGCAGACUACGGGUGGCGCACUGAAAGCCCUGAUCGGAGUUCUGAUCACCGUCGCGGCUUUGGUUGUCGGUGUGAAAUUCAGCGGUCUUGCUAUGCUCAUCGGCACGCUCGGGCCGGUGGCAGCUUUGAUCAUUGUCGGCGCUCUUCUCUUCGGGUACUUUCUACCCAAUGCAACAAUGUCUGGGUCUGGAAAAAUGCAGAACGUGCAAGGAGAACGGUCUGCAAUGCAUGCAGAGCAUGACAACACCGCGGAGCAGGCAUCUCCAUGACCUGCAUGGGAAAUAUCAACAUCUUAAUCUUUCCUUCGGGGAAAAAAAAAAUAUGCAACACAAGUUCCAUUUGUCUAGGUACUCCCGACUCAGCAUCACAGGGAAGUUGCAAUGGUCCAGACCCAGGCAGACAUAUUUGCAAUGCAUACGUGAGCCUUCCAAGCAACUUCGCCUGGCGAUGGACCUCCUUUUUCGUGCACCUUUUCAUCUCUGUCGUGAUUUUCUUCUUCGUCUACAUCUUUUUCUGGGUUUUGAAAAACCAGAAGUUGGUUCUCUUUUGGAUCGUCAUGUCUCUUGUUGUCCUUCCUUUGCUUCACUUGGGCGGUGGACCAUUCCUAGUGCUGGCGGGAAUUCCAAAAUUCGGCGCUCUCGCGUCUGUGGCGGCUUUCCAACCUCCAGUGAUGUUCGCAGGAGUCGUCAACUUUCAUCAAGUAUCAAAUGCAAAAAUGUCUGGGUCUCCUGGAAGAUUGCGAGACUUGUCAUGCUUGUCUGGCAUGACCAAAAAGUUUGUGAUGCGUGUCCAAGAAGAGAUCCUUUUGCCUGUCAUGCAAAAACGCGGUUUGUCAUGCGAGAAACGCAACAAAAAAACGCGCAGAUAUUUCUCAUGCUUGGCUGUGCAGUACAGAGCAUUCCCUAUUCCCAACGCAGCACUACAAGUUUCCAGACCCAGACAUAUUUGCACUUCAUAUCAAGCGGUGAUCGGCGGCUCUUGGGCGGCGAACCAAAUCUGGAAGAUCUUUGCAUUGCAAAAGUAUCGUACUAGUAUAAAUUGCAUUACAAAUUUUUCCAAGAACAAAAAUGCAAUUUGUCAUGCUAUUUCAGGUAGAAAAUUGGAUUUGUCAUGCAUAUCUGCAAUUAGUACGAGUGCGAUACUUUUGCACAGGAUAAGAUCCUACCAUCGGCAUAUCUCAUGGAAAAAGAAGCUAGCAAAGUUGUGCCGAAACAAGCGACAGGAUCAUUUUUGUCUUCAUGUAGUGUGAGUGUGGAAAACGAUGAAUAUGUAAAAAUGCGUCAGGUGUUUUAGUUUUUUUAACAGCACCCUUUGAACCCUUUGCCUUUGUUUCGUCGCAAACAUCAAGCGACGUGCAAAAGCGCUUAUUUCUUUCUCUUUGCGCCAGAAAACAGCAUUUCCGCGUUCUCAUGCGGUUCGUUCUGCACGAUCGGAUCAUGACAAGAAAUAGUACAACUAAGUAGAAAAACUACAGAAAUAAAGAACAUUUUGUUUCCGAGCAUCUAGGGCUAGCGUCUUUCCAAUUCAUUCGGACAGGGAGUUCGGCAUGCAAGAGUUUCUGUGGAACUGAGAGUACUGGGAAAGGACGUAUUAAACGCAAAUAUGGCUGGGCCUGGAUGAAACCGAAGGAGAUGUUUUGCGCUUGCAUACAGGUUUUGGAUGCUUGCAGAUGUUUGUCAUAAAGGUUUUUUGGGUGCCUGGGAUGCAGGAGGAUCUACUAGCGUCACAGGUUCAGCAGAAUUUGCUCAAGGUCAACAUCCUACAUUCGUGAUUCACUCUUGACACACAUAGUCCGAGGUGGGCAUCUUUUCCUGCUCGCGCUACAGGUAGACAGAUAAUUUAUAUGUGAAGACCCACAGCAAGCAUACCUUUUGCUUUUCAGACCCACGCAUAUUUGCAUUCGAUUACAACAAUACGGCGGAGGAAUAACUGCAGGCACAGCGGAUGGUCGAGAACGUCUUCGGAGAAAGCAGGAGAAGCAUUUGCAUUUCGUGGUGUGUGCUAAAAACAAUACAAAUACGAGGUCGACCAGAUCCGAACCACGCACCUGCGCUAGUCACGAAGAGCCACAAAUGCUUGAUCAUCCAGUAGUUUCAGUUUGUUUUAUUUCAUUUGCGCUCGAAAAAACGACUUUAGUUUACGGCUCUCUUUUCAACAAAACAACUUUUCUCAAAAACACGUUUGUUAUUUACGACCGCUUUUAGUUUUUCCCUUUUCGCGACCUCUACCUUCAUCUGUUUUAAAAUUUUUCUAGGAGUUUAAGGCUCUCAGCAGAAGUAAGUUUUUCUAAGACGGGUGCCAAAGCAGCUCCGUCAGGUUGUGCUUUUUAUUGAAAUAGCGCUAGACACAUGAGAUGAAAGAACGACUUUCAACCGGUUCCAUGUGACCACUCGCAACAAACAAACAACAAACAAAUUUAAACAACAUGACGACGACGACGAGUGGAGAAAAAAAAAUAAAGCUGCGUGCGGGUGUCGCAUGGCAUGUUGGACGACCGAAAC